CUCAGACGCCUCCAGCCAUCAGGAUGGGCGCGGCGGCCCCUGCCUGCAGCCUCGGGAAACCCCACGUCGCGUCACUGCGCACGGGCAGCGUGCGCGUGCUGCGCCCUCCGCCCCGCCCUCCUCGCCUCUGCGCGUGCGCGAGCGGCUUAAAGGCGUCGGGACCCUUCUCGGGGGUCUUCGAGGGGGCGACCUGCAGAUCGGUCUCGGUGGCCUCGGGCCUUAGAUUGCUGGUGUCGGCUCCAAUGCCACGUGCCCCAAGCCAGAGGGCGGUGUGUUCUGCCUGUGUGUCCGGCCCUCCCGGGCUGGAGGGCGUAGCCGGAGCAAGACAGCGUUUCGAAAACAGAGACGGAGAGCGCCCCACCCCUGGUCUCCAGCCCAAGCUCCUAGUUGCAAGAUCCAAGCCACCAGACACGGAAAAGCCCGGGCCGCCGCUCCGGGUUGUGAGCAGUGCUCGAGCGCCUGCUGGUGGGAACAAGCGGAACUUCCGAAUGCUGGGCGUUGCCACUUCCGGGCUGUUUGAGCGACGGGAAGGAGGUGGGGCUAAAAGUGGAGCAGAGAAGAGGCGUGGUCUGAUUGACUGACCUGGAACGCGACCCGUGUCAGGGUGUGGCCUGGCCAGAAUGUCCUGCUGAUCCCAGCAACCCCCUUACAGUGCUGACAUUGCCUCCCGGAUCCUGGCGCGCGGGGCACACUUGUACUAGCACGCGCAGGCUUCCAAGUCAGCGUCCACUUAACCUCUCAGAAACAUUGUAAACAAGAGGGAAUAAUCCUAGGUGGCCUGGUGACAAAGCCUGGAAUGCCAGCACUAAAGAGGUGGAGAGCAGGGUGAUAACGUGCUCCUCGGUUACGAGGUGUAACCCUAUUUCAAGAAAGCAAACAGGGCCGGCGGGGCAGUGAUCACGUGCCUUUAAUCCCAGAGAGGCAGAGGCAAGUGGAUUUUUGAGUUUGAGGCCAGCCUGGUAUACAGAGCGAAUUCCCGGACAGUUAGGGCUACA